GGUGAGAGUCUUGUCUUGGGCUUGUUCAGACCAGCAGGCUCUAGUUCAAACAUGGAAAUACACAGACAAGAAAAUGAAGAUUUUUUGCCAGUGCGUGUGAUUCAGCGUGACACCGAUGUGACCCACCUUCAUCUCGCUAGAAGAGGAUUGACUUAUGUUCCUGACUUGUUAAGGUUCUCCAUGCUGAGAUGUGUGUGGCUUAACAAUAACAAGAUCCGAGAGGUUUCCAGAACUUCAUUUAACUGCUGCUUGACAGAACUUUACCUUCAGAACAAUGACAUUCACUCCAUUUCAGGGGCAUUGAGACAUCUGACAUGUCUGCGUGUGCUGUUACUAUUUAACAAUCAGAUGAGGUGUCUGGAGGAGACCGUGUCAGAGCUGAAAUACAUGCAGGACCUCCACACUCUCUCUUUAUAUUUGAACCCCUUCACACAAGAUCCCGAAUAUUGCCAAUAUGUGCUGCACCACUUGCCAUCCGUCCGGUUUUUAGACAGAAAAGAAGUGAAAGAGGAGGAAAGAAGACGGGCAUUUAAGCUGUUCAGCGUAGAAAGACAGAGGGUUUUUGAUUCAAUUGCCUUUGGCAGACGAGCACUACCGCCUCCUGCAGGAAGAAAUGCACCCAGCUCAAUCACAAAACCAGUAGGUCAGCAUGGCUCAAGAAAGAGGUGUACAGACAGUCGUUCUGAGGAUCGUGAAAACCCAUCAGUGGCCAAGUCCAUCAUACAGUUCUCCAUUAUGAACUGGAGCGGUACAAGCACGUCUCAGUGGAACCAUCUAGACGACUCAAGCGAACCUGCGUCCGACAUACUCACUGUCAAACUUAGAUGA